CAUUGUUUGCGCGAGAGCACGUUUUGAUGAUCAUUUUACUAAAUAUAGAAUCCAUGGAAGUCGGUACAGCCCCUUCAGGUUAGAGAUAAGUGCUUGAACACAUUGAACCUUGGCCAGUUUUACCUCAGCGUCGCACAGCAAAACAUGGCUCGCCUUCUGGCUCUUUGCAUCGUCUUUUUAUCAGGUGUGGCGUUGGGAAAGGUAGAAAGCGUUGAGGAGGCCAUAGAGGUGAAAUUUAUUCCAGUGCUUUACGUGUCGCCAAAACCCGAGCGCGCUGACCCUGAUCAGGUCUUCUUGUACUCCGCCACUGUCUGCGACGGAAAACUCUACCACCAAAACAAUACCGUCGUGCGUGUCAACAUGCCGUAUGGCUGGAACCCUGAUAUCGGCACUUUAGCAAAACUAGAGGUCUGCGACUCCGCUGACUGUGGCAAAGUCUACUGCUCCAACUACAACAACGGCAAGUUCACAGGCAACCAUUAUUGCAACUAUACAUACAACGCUACAAUGGGCGACAUCGUAGUCAGAGUCACCGCGGGGCCUGGGCCCAACAUCGACUGGACAGUAGCUGUGGAAUUCGUCCCCGUAAAGGACUGGGUACCACCGCCACCGGUUGCUCCCAAAAAGAUGCUGGAGUUCUUCCCAGAGCCUCAAGGAAGUGGUGGAAGACCGCUGGCCGCCACAGUGCUGAUGCAGAUAGUGAAGACCACUACGGAACAAACAGUGACUACCCUGGCCAGGAAGGAAUUCUUCUUCCGCUUUUGUCCAGAUAGCGAGACCGGAAGUCGCUUUGACGUUGCUAUCAGUACAGUGGCGGUAGAUUCCAAAUCUGCAAUGUCAACUUACGUGUGCCUACCAACCGAACUCCCAUGCUCUCCCACCAGCUCCAAUCACUACGACCCUCGCGGCACGUCUAUCAACUCUGUUACCUUGACAACAGGGAGUGGUCAACUGACGGAGCUGCACGUGCUAGUUAUUGGUUGGGGAGAUGGAAGUCAGACAAAUACCUUUGUGCUAGGAGCCACUACUACUAAGAAGCAAUGAUUGUAGUGAUAUCAGCCAAAGCCUAGCCCUUAGCGUUCUAUUCGGUAUUCCUGUGGUUAACAGUGAGGUAAGAGGGGCUGGUAACUCGGAUGUUUUCAGCUGACCUUACUUCACAAGCCACAGGAAACCCAAGAUACCACAGGAAGCCCGGAAGAACAUAAGGAGUUCAGGCUGCGGCUUGUGAUAUGCAGCAAUAAGAAGCAGUGAUAAUUCUGUGUAUUUUUCAAAAUAUAAAAUAUAAAUGCAUUUAGAA